ACAAGACAUACAGCAUGAAUCUUCUCCUUCUAGUGGUUGCUUUGGGGCUUGCAGGAGCGUCUCCCCUGGAGGACUACAAGACAUGUCAGCCUCACUCCAGACCCUGGCAAGUCUAUCUGCAUGGUGGAGGAGUAUCCUGCAGUGGUGCUCUUAUCGAUGAGUGGUGGCUUGUAACCUCCUUUGACUGUGCACCCACAUCUUACAGUACCAUUGCAUCUCUUGGGGAACAUGACGUGACAGUGGAGGAGGGCACUGAGCAGCACAUUCAUGUUGCUGAGGUAAUCCGUCACAGCCCCUACCGCUCACCCCUCCACAGCCUCACAAUGGUCCGUCUGACUAAGCCCGCCCGCUUUACCCAGUAUGUCCACCCCAUCCGUCUGCCCAGCCACUGCCCACAGCCUGGACAGACCUGCUAUGUCAGCGGCUGGGGCUCCACCAUCCCAAAUCAAUAUGAGCCUCCUCAAAGCCUGAAGUGUAUAACUGUGCCUGUUGUGGAUGACCAGACUUGUAUGAACACUUUCCCUGAGUACCUGUACUGGAGCCCUUUCAUGGUCUGCGCUGGUCAAGUAAACACAGAUAACUGCAUGAAUAAUGGUGGCAGUGUGAUGGUGUGCGAUGGCCAGCUGCAGGGUGUGCAGUGGUUCAGACAUGGCUGCAGGAACCCAGCUGACCCAAGUGUCUACACCAAGCUGUGCAUGUACAAUGACUGGAUCAACAAUGUGAGGGACAGUUACAUACCCAUUCUGCCAACUGAAACCACUCCAAGGAUGCAAACACUAUUAUGA